GCAACUAACCUAUCCACAGUGUCUCACCACUUGCUCUCUGGAAAUGCUUCAGAUGGGCUCCUUGUUCUAGGACCGCUUAGCUUUCUCGUUUUACCUCACAAAAAUGACAUCUGUGUUGCAGUUUUCCAGACACCCAGUGCGUCCGUAGAGUCCGCUCUCGGCUAUACUUAUACCAAGGGGAAGCGCACGAGAAAACUUGGACCGAGGGGAUGCGCCAACGAGUGCACAUCUUGGCAGGGAUCAGUUCUUGAGGAUUGGAAAUGGCUCAGAGGAGGCUUUCCCCGCGGAUCGAGACUUUUCUGUCUUAAAAUAAUCAAACUCAAACCACUCAUAACUUCAUUUUUUUCCCCUCCUACGGACAAGACAUCCGCGUCUCUUCUUCCAAGAUUGCAGAACGACGGUGGACACGUUCGCCUGAAAUUUGACACGGAAAGUUGCAAAUGCUGUGAAUGGAUUUUUGUGGCUGCUGAAGUUAAUUUUCAUGUGGGCACUGUGGCGGAGGUUUGAGGGUUAGACACCUGCCUCUGGGAUCACCGGUGGACACGUCAGCUGCGGACGGAUUGGCUUGCGCGCAUUAGAGAAGUCUCUGGAUCAGGCAGAUCUUCUGAUGACCCAAUGGAACUGAAUUUACAACAAGUGCUGUUUUGGAUCCUGGUGCUGCACUGUGGUUCUGCUGAAGGCGGCAUCCUGUACCGGGUCCAGGAGGAGCAGCCUCCAAACACCCUCAUUGGUAGCCUGGCAGCAGACCAGGGCCUCCCAGAUUCUGGUCAUCUAUACAAGCUGGAGGUGGGUGCCCCUUACCUUCGCGUCGAUGGAAAGACUGGAGACAUCUUCACCACUGAAAUCCCCAUAGACAGAGAGACACUGAGGGACUGUCGAACCCUGGCAAAGGGUAGGCCCUGCUACCUGGAAUUUGAGGUAUCCGUGACAGAUCUGAUACAAAACCAGAGCCCACGACUCAUUGAAGGACGCAUCGAGGUCCAAGACAUCAAUGACAACACGCCGCAGUUUCCCUCUUCUGUGCUCACCAUCUCUGUCCCUGAAAACACGAUCAUGGGGGCACUGUUCUCCAUACCUCUUGCUACAGACAGAGACUCAGACAGGAAUGGUGUGGCAGAUUAUGCUCUGACUGCGGGACCAGAUGCUGCAACUCUAUUUGGCUUACAGGUGGCUGACGACAGGGGGGGAAAGCUCCCGCAGCUCAUCGUCCUGGGCAACCUAGAUCGUGAAUUAAAGGAUUCCUAUGAUCUCACCAUCAAGGCAGUAGACGGAGGAAACCCUCAGCGCUACAGCAGUGCUUUGCUGAGGGUGGUUGUCACUGAUGCCAAUGACAACUCCCCCAAGUUCGAAAAGUCAACGUAUGAGGCAGAAGUGUCUGAAAACAGUCCAGUGGGGCACUCUGUGUUGCAGGUCAAAGCCAAUGAUUCUGACAUGGGCCCGAAUGGAGAAAUUGAAUACACCCUUCACCAAGCAGUAGACCCAGUACCAAAACUGUUACGGAUUGAUCGCUCAACUGGCAUUAUAUAUGUCAAAGGACCACUGGACAGGGAAGAAAUCAACAGCUUGUCCUUCUAUGUGGUGGCGAGGGAUAAGGGUCCUCAACCUAAAAGCUCUAAGACUUUUGUAACUAUUGAGGUGACUGACCAAAAUGACAAUGCGCCAGCUGUAGAGAUUCGUGGGAUUGGCCUUGUGACACACAGUGAAGGAGUGGCCAACAUCUCAGAGGACAUGCCCGUGGGAACAGCUGUUGCUUUGGUGCAAGUGUCCGACAAGGAUGAGGGAGAGAACGCUGUGGUCACUUGUGUAGUGGCGGGAGAUGUGCCCUUCCAGCUCCGUCCUGCCAGCGACUCAUCCAGUGACAACAAGAGGAAGUAUUUCCUGCAGACCACCACUCCUCUCGACUAUGAAAGGGUUAGAGAUUACCGAGUAGAGAUUGUGGCUGUAGAUUCUGGAAAUCCAGCACUAUCUAGUACAAAUUCUUUGAAGGUGCAGGUGACUGAUGUGAACGAUAACUCUCCAGUGUUCUCCCCGACAUUGUUUGAGGUAGAUUUUGCUGAAGAAAACCAACCAGGCGAAAAGGUCUUGGAUGUUAUAGCUUCAGAUGCUGACAGUGGCACCAAUGCAGAACUCCUGUAUAACAUUGUGGCAGACUCAUCAAUCAAAGGUCUGUUUGAAAUUGACCCGAAUACCGGGGAAGUAAGGGCCAGAAGCCCCCUUGACCGAGAGCAUAAAGAACGCUAUGAGUUCCGUGUCACGGCAGCAGAUAAAGGGUCACCAGUUCAUAAAGGAACCGCAACUGUUGUUAUUAAAGUCCUUGACCGGAAUGACAACGACCCAAAGUUCAUGCUUAGUGGCUAUAGCUUUUCAGUGUUGGAAAACAUGCCUCCCCUCAGUCCAGUCGGCAUGGUGACAGUUCUGGAUGUGGACAAAGGUGAGAAUGCUUAUGUUCAUCUGGCUGUUGAGCCUGAUGGAGGGAAGUUUGUCGUUCAAAAUGGCACAGGCACCAUACUCUCAAGCAUCUCAUUUGACAGGGAGAAAGAAAGCAGCUACACGUUCCGUCUAAAGGCAGUGGAUAGAGGGGAACCACCAAGGUCUUCAUAUGUUGGCGUCACUAUCAAUGUACUGGAUGAGAAUGACAAUGACCCUGUGGUCACCAAGCCCUCCAAUUCCUCCUACAGGCGCCUGUCACCUCUAGCUUCCCCUGACAGCCAUGUUGAGAUUGUGGAAGCUGAAGACCUGGAUAGUGGGCCUAAUGCAGAGCUAGUCUUCAGUAUUGCUGGUGGGAAUCCUUACCAAUUAUUCCGCAUCUCACCAUCUAGCGGGGAGAUCACUCUAGCAAAAGAGAUGACCCGAAAACACGGUGGGCUACAUCGCUUGGUGGUGAGAGUUAGUGACAGGGGGAAGCCUGCACGUCAUGCCACUGCCCUGGUCCACAUCUACGUCAAUGAAACCAUUUCAAAUGUCAGCUUGGUGGAAGCUCUAGUUGGACACAGUCUUUACACUCCACUGGACAGGGACAUUGCUGGUGAUCCUGACAAUGGAUUUGCUGCACAGCGUAGCAACAUUUUGUUUGGAAGCCUUGCCGGUGUGGCGGGUGUUGUCAUGUUGAUCUUGGUGGUGGUAUUUAUUCGACACCGCAUCCAGAGGGAAACAAAGAGUGGUUAUCAGGCUGGCAAGAAGGAAACAAAGGACUUAUAUGCACCCAAACAGGCUCCAAAGAAUGCCAAAGGCAAACGAGGAAGGAAAGGGAAACCCCAAAAGUCCCCAAAACCACUUGGGGAAGAGGAGGAAGUCAGUCUUCAAAAGAGCCUCAAGUUCAAUCUUGAUGGAGUCAACGAUAGCCCCAGGAUACAUCUGCCCUUAACAUAUUCGCCAGGAAGUCCUGAUAUAGGCAGGCACUACCGCUCCAACUCCCCCUUACCUUCCAUCCAGCUACAGGCCCAAUCUCCCUCAGCCUCACAGAAACAUCAGGCUGUUCAGGACCUUCCUGCUGCCAACACCUUUGUAGGAACAGGGGGAGAUGACAAUUCUACCGGCUCAGACCAGUACUCAGAUUACAGCUACAAGACCAGCCAACCCAAGUACAACAACAAACAGCACACCCAUCGACGAGUGACCUUUUCCACCGCCAACCCGGUGCAGGACCUGCAGGAUGCCUCUCAGCACAGCUACUAUGACAGCGGCUUGGAGGAAUCGGAGACUCCCAGCAGUAAGUCAUCGUCUGGCCCUCGCAUCGGACCCCUGACCCUGCCUGAGGACCACUAUGAGAGGACCACUCCAGAUGGCAGCAUUGGAGAGACUGAGCACCCUGAAAAUGAUAUUCGCUCCCUCCCUGAUGUGGCGAUGACCGGAAACUGUACCAACGAGUGCAGCGAAUUGGGCCACUCAGACGCCUGCUGGAUGCCCGGGCAUCCCUCCCCCGUACGCAAGACCAGGAAUCCCCCGAAACUCUCCACCUUCGUGCCUUACCAGGAGAGAGGGAGCUUGGGACGCCUGGCCAAUGGGAGUGCCAGGCUGGUCGGCGAGGAGCAGCACCGCUCGCGCCUACCGCCCUCUCGCAGUGCCUAUUCUAACAGCGGUCAUGACGCCAGUCAGGACUGCCCAUUAGAGGAGAUGCCCUUGAGUGUGGCCUCUGAGUUCCCGCCCACCUCACCUACCACCCACACUCCAAAAAGAGAAAUCUACCUGUGAGGAAUAUCGUCAUUCAAUUGGUGCACAAAUGAAGAUAAAGAUACACCCACUCCAGAAGGAGGAACAGGCUGUCCACAUGCUAAAGCCAAUGGCCAUUUUGUAGGUAACAACAGGCUGUGACUCAUUCAAUCACUGGCAUGAACACUUGUUUUUAGUCAUUUCCUUCUUAAAUUAUUAAUUUAUUAGCAUAUUUAUUAAUAAUUCUACAAAGUCAAUUAAUGCACUUGCUCAUUUAUUUAUAGUAAGUCUUGAUGGGUACAAUUCAAACGGAUCAAAAGGAAAUGCAGUUGGUAAUUGCUACUUUAGCAGUAACUAAUUAUCGUUGUAGUUAGCCAAGUCCCAUUUUGUGAAGUGAUCUCUUGAAUUUGAAAGUUGUGAUCAGUGCUCUUGUGCCAUGAUUAAAUAUAUAAUUUACUAGUCAGCCAGUCAGGCCCCAUCAGAAGGCAUAAUGAUCCAAUUGAAAAAUGGUCUCUCUUAAUGUACAGUGCUGUAAAUACAUUUGAAUGGUGUGUUCUACAUAUAUUUUUGUCUGGCAUAAGCUGAAAAAAGAGAAAAAUUUGUCUCAGAAUUGUUAGCAUAUUUAAGCUUUUCUUUGCUGCUGCUGUUUAGACUUGAUUGAAACCAUCUCCAGACGUGGAGCUUGAUAUUGUGGUAGGCAUUUAUCCGCUCCAUACAAUCACAAACACACACAAACAAACACACACAUACCUUCGACCCAUAAUCAUAGCAGAAUGGCCUUUACCUCUGCUCCCUGUAGAGAUCUGCUACUGGUGGAGAAAAGCUGUGUGGCAACAUUUAAACUGACAUUAUGUUCCACCGACUCUCAGCACUGUGACCUAUCGUUCAUCAUGAAAACGGUUGACUUGGCCACAGUACCCCGGAGUCACAACGACCAAACGCAGAGUCCUGAUUGGCUUUUCAUAUAAAACCUUGUGACUCACUCGUGCUGAUGAAACCAUACCAGUGUAUCAGUCUGAAAACGCUCUUCUCUAUCAUGACAAUCAGACAGGCUCACAAUCCUUUUUUUCCCCUCAAGCUCAGAGUCCCUUCCUUCUUAUGAUCCAAUAGGAACUCUCAUAGAUCUAAUGAACGCAUCAGAACCAAUCACAUGAAAGGGCACUUGAACGUGUAGAGCCAAUGUAAAGACUUAGUACUAAUAUGAGCUUAUAUGAUAAUGUUUUUAACUACCUGAAAGAUCUACAUUAAGAGGAAUGUCUCUGUUUUUCCAGUUCUCACUCGAGAAAUACAUCUGCAGAGGUGAAAACAGGGCGCUGUCGGUAAAACGAGUGAAUAAACAGUUUGAUGGUCAAGUCUAGUAUGAAGAAACAUUUGAUGAAAUCCUUUCAAAACUCUUUUGAAUGACUGUUUGUUGAUCAAUCAUACACACAGGUUCAGAUAGAAGGAGACAGGCUCCAUUUACUGCAACUCCAGUUCAUUAUGAUUUUCCUUGUAUUGAGGACAACAUGCUUAAUAAAUUAUCAGGCAUUUUCCCUCUUCUGGCUAUUGAGCAGAGGUAGAAAAAUAGGGCAUGCCCGUGGGCUUCAUUUAUCUUUACAAAGAUUUCUCCAAGUGAAUCUGAAGGAUAUGUCUGAAGGACACUCCAUAUUAGUCAGUAAUUGGAUGUUAAUGAUGACAACAGUAGCCUGCCUUACAACAUGUUAGCGCUAGCCGCUGUCUUUGAUUUCAACAUUGAUUUGAUUAGAUUUGUAGAUACCUUUCACCUCUGCAGAGUAUUACCAGCGUGAGAUUGUGUCUCUGAGUAAGGGUGGAAGAGCCCAGAAUGGACAUUUCCUAAUUAGGGUGAGUAAUGAGUCCUGAGUGAGGGCAUGUGUGAGCACACCCCCAGGACAAGGCACCCACCAGAUAAUGCAAAUCUACCCUGCAGAGCUACAAUCAGCUAAAAGGGGUAUUUUUAUCAGCACUUACCUCAUCAUGCUGCCAUUGGAAAGUGCGUUUAGAAUAAUUAAACUGAAAACAUAUGGAAAUUACUGGACACGGCCGUGAUUAAAUAAGGUGGGCGAUUAUCCUGCCUUGAGGGGGAGAAAGCACAUUAUGGCGUUUUCAAAGCCAUUUAGCGAGUGGAAUAAAAAUUCAGACAACAGCCAUGAUACACUGUGAUUAAACCCCCACGGCUCCCCAUCCAACAAGCAGCCCUCGCUGAGCUGUGGAUAGCCGCUUCACCAACUCAAAGCAGCGGGUAAAAUCACUGACCUGGAAUUAAUGACAAGUGAGAAAGAUAGCAAUGACUGAUAAAACCCAGUGUCACAAAGCCUCAAUCAACACUUUAUCUAUUGGAAAUGCUUUUGACUGGAUUCACAUUCACAACUGUUUUGCAUCAAGAGUUAUCUCUGACUUGAUUCCAGCCUAAAUGCCCUCAUUGUUUGAGUUAAUCUGGAAUGUAUCUUAAGAUUUGUCACCAAUACAUGAAUCAAACUGAACUGAACAACAGAAGUCUUUUCAAACGCAAGCCUGGGCCUAUUUUUCCCCCCACCUCUCUUAAUGAGUUGGACUCCAGCCGAUAAUGACCUCCUGCUACUCACCCCUGGAACAAUAUAUCACCAGGUUUGACCUUUCUUUUGAACUCAUGCUGAAUGAACUGUGUUAACUCCUCUCUCUCUCGAACACAGAGCUGUUCUCCUUGAUCAAAGUCUGAGGACAUCAUGAAGCACCUAAACACACUCAAAAGUAUGUUGAAUAAUGUUUAAUUUGUACUUAACAUUGAUUUAAUGUUGAAUUCACUUGAGUAUCUUUUGCCUCUCUGUAGUGUGUAUUGUAUGGUGAUCAUUUCUGUGGACAGAUGGACAAAUAACUGUACUGAAAUUGGCAAGAGGAUUUUUUUUUUUUUUACUUACAGACUGAAGACUCUUAGCAAACUGGUUGUGUGAAAAAAUAAAGAAAUCUUUUGGUGGUGUAGUUGUACAUAGAUCUCCACAACCCUGUCAAAGCAGGCGAUGAUUUUAGCAUGAAUUCCAAAGAUAAUUGGUAGAAACUGUUUACUCCUUUCCUUUUUCUUUUCUCCUUUCUGAAAUGUCAGUGCUGGUUCAUAUUCAAAAAGGCCCUUCACCCAAACAAAUGGAAAUUAAACUGAACAUUUUCAUCUUUUUCACAGUUCAUCUAGAAACAAAGACAAUUGCCUUGAAAAUACGUCUUUGCAAGAGAGAAUCUAGUUGUUAUCCUAAUUGUUGGUAUAUUUAUAUAGGAUAAAAUGCUUGUGAUGCCAUGUUUUUGUACAGUUUUAUGUACAUACAAGUGAAGCUUUCUAAAAGUUCUGAGAAAAGCCGAUGGCAUAUAAAAAUUGUAACAUGUUUUUUUCUUGAGAUGUGCACAUCUUGCCUUGGUUGGAUUGACCUUUGCUGAGUCAGUGUGAAUGUGGCCGUUCUAUGCCUGCACUGUAGUCAUUCACCGGCUCCCACCUCCUGAGGACUUAAUCAGUUUUUAUGUUUAUCGUGAACAGUGGAUUGUCUUAUCUUACCAGUUUGUUAAACUCCUGUGUUUCGGCUUUGUUCUGUUUUUCGCAUGUUGACAAAUUCUCUUGUAAUACUGUAAGUCCUCAUGAACUUUGUAAUAAAAUCACUUCAGGGAAAAAAACA